AUGACUCCCGAUGAUGAUGGUCUGGUUACGGACAGCGAUGGUGGCCACAUCGAAAAUGGCAACGGAAACAUACAGACGGAACAGAACGCCAACAGGAAGGGGUGCGAUAUCACUGCGACGUCGGACCUCAACAAGGACGUGGAGGACCCCGCAAAGAGCCCAUUUCGCUACGGUUGCUUCGGCUGGACUCCUCGGUGGAUGCAGCGGUUCAACCGAGCCCCUUGGUUGUUAAUCGUGCUCAGCGCAUUUUGUACUGCUCAGGGUCUCGUUAUCAACGGUUACAUAAACACCGGUAUAGGCACCAUUGAACGCCGUUUCGAGCUGAGCAGCAGGGCAUCGGGGCUUAUCGUCAGCAUGUACGAUAUCACGUGCGCAAUCCUGGUCCUGUUCGUGACGUACGUUGGUGGGCGUGGCCACAAACCCAAAUGGCUGACCUGGGGGUUAAUUUUCAUGGGCACUGGCUCCGCCAUAUUCGCCCUGCCCCAUUUCACGACAGGUCUGUACCAGCCGGUGGUCGGCGCAGACUCCAUCCUCUGCACGAAUGACACUUCGGGAGAGCCACAGUGCCAAGACGGCACGGGUGGCGACUCCAGUCUGUCCAAUUACUUCUACCUGUUCCUGGUGGCUCAGGUGUUUCACGGGAUAGGGGCCCUCCCGCUCUACACCCUCGGGGUCACGCUGCUGGACGAAAGCGUGACGACAAAGCAGACUGGAUUGUAUCUGGCUUGGUUCUACGGUUUCUCUGCACUCGGUCCGGCACUUGGUCUCGUCUCAGGUGGUGUCUUCCUUGGUAUCUACACUGAUCUACGAGCUGACAGUGUCAAUGUGACAUCCUCGGACCCAGCCUGGGUAGGAGCAUGGUGGAUUGGUUUCGUCAUAGGUGCCAUUCUGUCCUACAUCGUUGCAAUUCCAAUGAGUGGGUUCCCAACAGAGUUGCCCACUACCGCCAAGAUCCGAGCCGAGAAAGAAUCCCAGGCCCACAUCGCUGGCCACGAGGAAGAGGUCACCCGGCCCAAUUUUGGUACCAAACUAUCCGACAUCCCCAAGGCCGUCAAGUACCUUUUCAUUAACCCAACCUUUGUGUGCGUCAGCCUGGCAGCCAGUGCUGAGAGCCUGGUCAUCAGUGGGUUUGCGACUUUCUCGCCGAAGAUACUUGGGAUUCAGUACGGCCUUUCGCCCGGUGUAUCCUCUGCUAUUGUCGGUAUUUUUGCCGUACCGGCGGCUGUUGGAUCUACAUUUCUAGGCGGAUGGUUGAUCAAGCGAUUCGACCUGAAAGUCCGUGGAAUGUUGCGCCUGAGCAUCGUCUGCGUGAUUAUCGUGAUCGUGUUUUCAUUCUGCUUGCUGUUGAUCUGUCCUCAGGAAAUAGUAGCCGGUAUUAACUCCAAUUACUAUGCAAACGAGACAGGAAUCCAGGACACUUUGAAGGAUCCUUGCAACGCGGACUGUGGGUGUGACAAUUCGGCAGACUACAGCCCUGUCUGUGGCGACAACAACCUGCAAUACUUCGAUCCGUGUCAUGCUGGAUGCAAGUCAAACUCGGAAGAUGGAGUUUUCUCUGACUGCAGCUGUUUGGAUAUCGGUAACUGGACCGAUUCGUCCCUGAAGGUCUCCCAGGGCCAAUGCCCCGUUGACUGUGGCAUCGUUCUGCCGCUCUUCCUAAUCGGAUAUUUCAUCUCCAUGUUCUUCAACUUCAUGCCGGGAAUUCCUGCCACGAACACGUGUCUCAGAUGUGUUCCUGACACGCAACGGUCGUUUGCUCUGGGUGUCCAGUGGCUGUUUGCUCGUUUGUUAGGCUCUGUUCCAGGCCCUAUUCUCUUUGGUAACGUCUUAGACACCAGCUGUCUCCUGUGGCAAGACGACUGUGGUAGCCGGGGUGCCUGCUGGUUAUACGACCGGCAGAUGCUGGCCUGGAAACUGCUGCUGAUCGGGGCGGGCUUUAAGGGAGUUAGCUUCCUCUUCUUCGCCCUGUCUCUCAUCUUUUACAGGUCCGCCCACGACAACGACGGAGACGAAAAGAAGGCGACAGAUCCCGGGGAGGUCGAGGUGGACAUGGAGGGGAAAAGGGAAUCGUAUAAGCGGAUGGAGUCGUCCAGCAGCACGGCAGAGAUCGUCGCAAAUGCCGUGUAUGGAGAGACUGCCGAAGAGGGAGAAGUGGAAUAACCGCUAUCGGAUAAUCAAGGGAUGUUCCUCCCGUGAUAGUACAACGUGAUCCUUGGAAGCCCUGUUGUUGGACAUAAUCUCGUAUGACGAGUCUGACGAGCUAUAUAAUAUAUAGCUCGUCAGACUUAUCAGAGUAGCCAGUGAAAUUUGUUACCAUGCCAAGGUUUUUCAUAUGUAUUGACCAUGUACCACAACAUGGCCCAUGGGAAGCGUUUCAUCAUUACUGUAAAAAGCAAUUAGGCCUUCAUGCAGACAAAUUAAAGUUGCCCGGAAUUCAAAAGAAAGGAAAAAAAUACGAUGAGAACAAGGAUGGGGACGUAAGAAGAUUUCAUCUGAAGACAUCAAAGAACCGAAAGAAAUACGUUUGUUACGAGCCAAAACUCUCGCUGAAGACAAGGGUAAAUUCCAGCAAUAGACAAUGAUAGACAUCCAAUUCUUGUACAUAUAAGAGGGAACAUAAAAAGUGUUUAAUAGAUUCGUUUGUAUCAGGAUGUUGCCAACAAAAUCUUUGAAACCAAAAUUAUUUUCCAAAGGUUCAUAAAUAACAAUGCUUAUCGACUUGUCGAAGUUGCUGUAAAAAUAUGAAAAUAUUUGGGAAAAUAAAUUUAGUUUGUACUACAUUCGCAGCAAAUCAGCUUUAAUCAUAAAUAAGGUACACAUUUUUAUUAAAUUAUACAUAAAAGUUGACAUUAUUAUCACAUGUAAAAGUAUGUGUUUUUACAAAUUCAAACUUGUUUUUUAAUGCUUCUCAUAAAUUUCAUUUCACUGUUCCUACAUUGUUGAGUGUACAACUGCUUUUUCUAAUGUAUACAAAAGGCAAAUGAAAGUAUAAAUGGUUGGCUAUAUUUCCCUGACGAAGACGGCACACUCACGAAGGCACAAAGGGCUACUAGUCCUUUACAGCGUAGUUUUACUUUCAACUUUAUAGUGUUCCUAAUAUAAAUGGGUUUGGCAGUAGCCUGUGUGGCCGAUGCUGUUGAGAAUUUCUUUGGUUUAGAAAAGGUUUUGCGAGACAGAUUUGCAUAAGAGGAAUGGCUUUGCUCAUAAUACAAGAAAUAUGUCCAUCCUUGAGAUUUUAAACACGUUCUUACUUGAUGUAGUGCGUACUAGGGAUGUAUGCAAAAAUUUAUAAAAGCGCCUGUAGCCCCAGCCUUUGAUGACCAGUCUUGACUCCUGAGGUUGGUUCGUCUGUUGAUCUCAAGAGCCACUGCAAGAGAGCGCUAUUGCCCUUCUGUGGAUGG